UUUAAGGAAUGCGUUUCCCAAUAUGACAUGAUGACAAAAAUCACCCAAUCGAAUCAUCCAAAACCCACAAGACAGCAGGUCGACAAUGGCCUCCUUAUCCAUCCCUUUCACAGAAACCACAGAGAGAGCGAGAGCGCUUCACUUGCUACUGCCUGCUUCCACCUCCCUCCUCCUCCAAUGGCGGAUACGUCGGACGAGGGGAUGCACGCCGUCGCGAGGAGGGUCGCUGCCGUCGCCAACCACCUGUCCCCUCCCGACCCCGCCCCGAAGGCGGGACGGUCCUCUGUCUCCGCUCGGCCCUGCGGCGGCGGCGGCGGCGGCUCCAUGAAGGACUCCUACCAGCGCAUUCACGGCGAGGUCCCCGACCAUCCGGUCGUGUGGAGGACCGCGGACGAUGGGUCGGGCCCGGAGUUCACCGACGUCAUCUACGAGAAAGCUGUCGGCGAAGGAAUCGCCAAGAUUACGAUCAAUAGGCCGGAGAGAAGAAAUGCGUUCAGGCCGAAGACGGUCAAGGAGCUGAGCCGCGCAUUUAACGAUGCGAGAGACGAUGUUUCGAUCGGGGUCAUCAUUCUCACUGGAAAGGGAACCAAGGCAUUCUGCAGCGGUGGUGACCAGGCUUUGAGAACGAAGGAUGGUUAUGCUGAUCCCGAUGAUGUCGGCAGGCUAAAUGUCCUGGAUUUGCAGGUCCAAAUUAGGCGUCUCCCUAAGCCAGUAAUAGCAAUGGUUGCCGGCUAUGCCAUUGGAGGAGGGCAUAUACUGCAUAUGGUUUGUGAUCUGACAAUUGCUGCUGAUAAUGCUAUUUUUGGUCAAACUGGUCCUAAGGUUGGAAGCUUUGAUGCUGGUUAUGGAAGUUCAAUCAUGUCUCGAUUGGUUGGGCCUAAAAAGGCACGUGAAAUGUGGUUUUUGGCGAGGUUCUAUACAGCUUCUGAAGCAGACAAGAUGGGACUCGUUAAUAUUGUUGUGCCGCUAGAGAAUUUGGAGCAGGAAACAAUCAAGUGGUGCAGAGAGAUAUUGAGAAAUAGCCCAACGGCAAUCAGGGUGCUCAAAUCAGCCCUUAAUGCAGUUGAUGAUGGCCACGCAGGGCUUCAGGAACUAGCUGGAGAUGCAACACUUCUAUUCUAUGGAACCGAGGAAGGGAACGAGGGCAAAACAGCAUACAUGCAGAAGAGGCGGCCGGAUUUCUCUAAAUUCCCUCGACUUCCAUGACACCGUAUUUCUGUUCUUGUUAUAUUUUGGCCAAGCGUGUACGAGUAGUUCGUUUAGUAGCUGUAACUAGGUGAAAUCGAAUCAUAGCACAACGGAAAUGAUUAUCGAUAUCGAUAGGUUCAGGUUCAGGCCAUGUUGUUGCUUCAAUGUGAAUGUCAAAAAGCGCUUCCGGAUCACAGGAAAACUCUAUGGAAUUUCAUUUUCAGUGUUGUUUCCUUCUA